AUGUAUUUGAAACGUGAAUUUAUUGUGCGACAUCCGAUAGUUGUUUUCACUGUGGGCAUAGCUGUGGGCAUGUGCCUCAUAAAGAUAUUUAGCACUCCAGCAGCUAUUGAUCCCUUUGAUACGUACACAGCUCAACAAUCAUCGUAUGGUACGGAUACAGCCAGCCACAAUGAGCUCAUUGAUGAUGCGGCAUCCGAUCGCGAAGUGGUUAGCCAUGAUCAUCUAUACGACAACACCUCAUUAUCUGAUCAGCUGAAGCGGGAGGUGCGUGUGCUCUGCUGGGUGAUGACCAAUCCCAGCAACCAUAAGAAGAAAGCCCGACAUGUGAAACGGACGUGGGGCAAACGCUGUAACAUUCUGCUGUUCAUGAGCUCUGCAGCAGAUGAGGAGCUGCCCACAGUCAAGUUGGAUGUGGAAGAAGGUCGACCGAAUCUGUGGCGCAAGGUGAAGGAGGCCUUCAAGUAUGUCUACAAGCAUCAUUACAACGACGCCGACUGGUUCUACAAGGCUGACGACGAUACCUAUGCAGUAAUCGAGAAUCUACGAUAUAUGCUAUAUCCCUAUAGUCCAGAGACGCCCGUUCACUUUGGCUUCAAGUUCAAGACCUUCGUUAAGCAGGGCUAUAUGUCGGGCGGAGCUGGCUAUGUGCUCAGCAAGGAGGCGCUGCGACGGUUUGUGGUCGAUGGCAUACCCGAUCCCAAGAUGUGUCUGCCGGGCACCGUUAUUAACGAGGAUAUUGAAAUUGGCAAAUGCAUGGAGAAUCUUAACGUGACAGCUGGCGAUUCUCGUGAUGUGAAUGGGCGUGGUCGCAUGUUUCCUUUUGCACCGGAGCAAAUGUUAAUACCCAAUAAAGAUCCAAAUUUUUGGUACUGGAACUAUCUCUAUUACAAGACGGACGACGGUCUCGAUUGCUGUUCGGACAAUGCAAUAUCCUUUCACUAUGUUCCGCCCAGUUUGAUGUAUGUUCUGGACUAUUUGAUCUAUCAUUUGAAUCCCUUUGGGGUGAUCAGAGCACAGCGCUUGCCCGCCAAACUAAAAGUAGGCGAGUUCCUGCCCGCUCCGAAGGAGGAAACCGCCAACAGCAACGAGGAUUCCAUGGAUGAUUAUGAUAGGCUAGGCAAAACUGCAACAAAUAAAACUCAAACGGCACCAGAUGCCAGAGAAGUUGACUAAAGCAACAGCUACUGACUGAAUGGGCUGGCAAGCUGAAUGUAACCGUGUCACCGCAAUGUCAGAUGGGUUCAAAUGCAUUGUGUGGGCGGGUGGUGAUGGCAAUUGUGCUGCCUCAAUUGAUGUGAUGCUGGGCAGUCAGUUCAGUACGUUUCAAAUUGCAAUUGUAAUUGCAAAUUAAUUAAAUGUGGGCAUGAAAUAGUCGGUAAACCUUGUGCUUCCAGUUUUCAUAGUUUCCCCUGCUUCCACUGGGCGGGAAAUGCGUGUCACGGCAUUCACUACUUA